AUGUCGUCCAAGAUGCCACUUUGGGCGCAGAUCAAAUCCAUUUGGAAGGAAAAAUGUGUUGGAUGCUUCGCACAGUCUGAGGAACUGGUCGACAGAAUUCCACUGCCACCUUCUGCAGCCAAUCAUGUGACGUAUCGUGAGAUUUUCUGUUCGUCUUUUGGCACACACUCGAAUAAACUAUCACCAAGAAUUUAUCUCUUCCUCCUUACCUCUACCCUUGUCAUAGUGGUCAAUAGCCAUCCAUCCCAUCUGAGCCAGGACUCUCCUAGCUCAGCACUAGCUGAGUUACAUUCAGGACUCACCGUCGAAGAAACGAAUCCCGCUGCACAAAGCCAGGAUCAACAAUACGGUCAGCCUCAGUCGGUGGCUCUAGAUGCUGGCAGCCAGACGGGGACCCAGGCGAUAGGCGAACCUACAGCAUCUGCGAGCAAGCAAACAUCGGAUGCUGACCAAAUCGAAGACGCAUGGGUAGUCCAAGGUGUUGGUACCUUUUCCAACAAAGCCGUUUACACAUUCAAUGGGGACACCCUACCAGAAGGUCUCUUCAAGAGCGACUACCCUGUUCAAGAUAGCGAGCGCGACAUGGAUGAAGGAGUCCCCCAAAUCCCCUACAAUCAUCGAUUUGAGCCAGAAAAUGUCCAGAUUCGUAAUGGAUCUCUAUAUCUGAGAGUACCUGGGAGGCAGAAACCUCGUAAACGCCAGAACAAAGAGAUCAGCAGUGCCCAGAUCGAGACGACAGAAACCCACAUUCUCCAUGCCAGUGUGCGCACCAGAGCAAGGUUUAGUAUAUUCUUCUACAGUAAUGAUCAACACGAAACCGAUAUUGAGUACCUGACCGAUCCAAGAUCGCUGUCGAAUAACGGGCCCGACGACCCAAUUCCUAUCUGGUACAGCAAUCAGAAACGGGAUCCUGUUGGAAGUUCACCCAGUGCCGAAACUGGCCCGGCACCAUUCGAUGCUACAAGCCGGGUUCACGAGUAUCGGAUUCAUUGGACGGCGGAGUUCACGGCAUUUUACAUCGACGGUGUGCUUCAAAAAUACCUGACUGAAAAUGUCCCCAGCCUUCCCGGGCCAUGGCUGUGGAACAAUUGGGCAAACGGAGACAAAGGAUGGUCAGUGGGUCCUCCAGCGGAGGAUAACGAGCUUGAAAUCCAAAGCAUCGUCAUGUACUAUAACACCUGGGCACCGGACGAAGAAUGA